CACAGCGAGAUUCCAUCUCAAAAUAAAUAAAUAAUCAAUUUUUUUCAGUAAAUAUUUCUUUAGUGCCAACUAUGUGUAAAACCCUGUGAAGGAUUUUAAUGACCAGCAGGAGAUCCAGUGACACCUAAGAGUGUCACCCUGCUUCAGGUGGCUUAUUGUCCAAAGCAAUAUUAUCUCUGAGUAGAAGACUCAAUAAACCAGAAUAGUGUUCCUCAAUCUUCAUAAAGUAUUACUCUCUUUUUUUCAGAAUUAUUCUAAAAGGCUAUAAGCCUGGAGUUGAUUUCCAUGAUUAAUUUAAAAAGGAAGGGGAAAAGAGAAAACAGUUAUAAAUGAAUGUGAAACUCCUGAGUUUGGUUCUGGCCUUUAUAGUCAGAUAAAGAUUUUGAACAAAGUGGACAAUAAUUUAUGGUAAGUAAUAAAAUAAUAUUGAUCUUGCCAUGGAGUAGGAACCAAAACUUCAGGACCAUCCAUAUGUACUAAUUUGGACAUGACAAGCUUGUGGAACCUAUUUAUAACUUUUACAGUAUUUUAUGAUUCUUUCUUUCCAAAGAAGCACACAUCAUAUUGCACAAGGCCCAUGAAUAUACAAGUAUUCUCUGCCAAAAAGCAGCUGAGAAAGCAAAAGGAUUAUCCAAGCAUUGUUUUUCAAACCUGAAUUUGUGAUGGGUAAUUGUACAGAAAUAUUUGGUACUUAACCUUGAAACUUGAAUUCAGAAAGACUUUAUGGCCCCAAGGCUACAUAGUUUGAUGGCUCAGAUUCAUAAAUCCGCCAAGAAUGAGGAUCUGGGCAUUUUAACUGUGCCCACCUUUGUGUAGAUGUAAAACAAAACCCACAGUGGACAUCAGUGAUGCCUACCACAGUGCCUGCAUGGGCGAAGUAGUGGGGAGAGGAUCUUGAUGAAAGUUUGAGAUGAACUGGAUAUGAUUUCUGGCUUCUGUUUAAAUAGGUUUGGAAAAUAAGGAAUCUCCAUCCCUCUUAACCUUAGUUCUCAGUGACUCACAUAAUACCAAUGUAUUAGUAAUGCUUUAACUAUCUCUGGAAUUCAAAAUUAGGGACCAUCCAGGCGAAGUUUCAGGCAAAGUGAUCAAGUAUUUACUCUUCCCUUGAAAAAAUAAAAACACUCCAGUCAAGGGUUGCAAGGGAUGGGAGGGACAAUGGCAAGGAAGCAUCUUCUUUCCAGAAGCUGAGUUCUACAACACAAGUAUUCCAAUCCGGGAUCAGAAUUUCCUUGUAGAUCUCAUCACUUUACCUAGUGAACAUCCUAGCUGCUGGCUACACUCCCAGACACCCUCCUUCCCUGAUAUUAUGAGAGUACCCUCCAGGGUGGGCUCCCAAUCCAGGUAGGAAGAGAGGCGAGACAGCCACAGGCACCCUUCUAAGGCUUCGCUGUAAGUAGCUUCCCCUCACAAAAGGGUUUGCCUGAGCGUCAUAUAAGUACAGUAAUUCUUAAAUGACGCCACAAGAUGGAUGUUGAAUAUUAAAAAACACGCCUCCUCUCUUUCCCCGCCUGCUUUGUUUUUCUAAUUUUUAAAAAUUAUCUUUCAUCAUACCAGCACACAGAGUCCUUUUUGAACCCGAAGCAAUGAGGAGAGGGUGUUUACAAUUUCACUUUCUGGUUCUCAUCUGUCUGUAAAAUUCUUUAUUAUUGCUUUCAUUGGGUGAAAAAAUGUUUCUAACUUUAAUAGAUUUCUGAUUUCUCUAUAUCUCCUACUGGGGGUUCAGACUUAAAGAAAUCAAUGACCACAAAAAGUCAACCUCACAAGGAAGUCAGCAAGAUGAAAAACAGAAUUUAAUGUUUUGCACAAGAAUAUUUGCUUCCCAUUAGCCUUUGCAAGUGCAACGUUUCUCAUCUUGGGUUGACUGCAAAGGUGCCCUGGAGAGAAACAGAGUAUGCAUCUUUCUAAUGGUUAACUUACCGAAUUGUUUUAAUGGAAUAAAUGGUGCAGCUCAGGGGCGAUUAAUGUAAGGACUGCAGGGUGGACUCCGGUAGAAAGGACCUAAAAGGAAAUCGUGCACUAACAAUGUGAUGAAACCUUCUGCUCACACUAAAUAAUUUCAUCCAAACCUCAAGUAUGUCUGAAUGAUUUUAAGGCCUAAUUGAAUGAACUCUCAAUUAAAAGAAGGUGCAAAAAGCUGAUGUAAAGUAAUAAAUCUGUAUGGGGUGCCCUAUGUACUACAAAUGCUUUCAGGUCUGCUGGUAGAAGCCAUUGGUUAUGCAGUAAGUUGAUUUCAAAAAUUAUACCUUUUACAAUUACAUCCAGAUUAAAAACAAUGGAAGUCAGGCCACUAAACAUUCUUGUAAUUCAAAUAGAAGGAAAUAGAUUAAUUCUUUGUUUAAAAAAAAAAAAAAAAAAAAAGACUUAUGCUGAGACAUCUGUACCAAUCUUCCUGAAUAAGGGAGGAAAGACAAAUUUGGUGACUGUGGGGGCUGAAGUACUAAUUUAUGGUCCUCCGAAAUAGAAGGCGGUGCCUGAUGGACAUAGGUGUUUCUGGUUACUUGAUUUGGCUGGACGGUGAGCAAUUACAGCUGAUGGUUUACCCAACUACACCCAAGCGCUAGAUCUUUCUUUUCCUUCUGGCUCUACCUCUCUGGCUGUCCUCAGCACCGGCUUUUUGGGGCCAAGGGAAAGUUGGGGCCCUCCUUCUCACUCUUCAGACCCCAGGGUGCCCAGCUUGAGUGUCGUUCGGCAGAAUUCCUGGGCUCCCCGCGCCUGGGAGGGGAUUGGCCUCUCAGCGAAUCGCCCCAGGCCUCGGGAGACCCCAGUUCUCCAGUCCAGGUCGCCGGCCCUGUCACCGAGGCCUAGCCCGAAGAGCUCGCGUCGCCUACUUUGGAAAGCAACGCAGCUCCCACCUCGGGCACAGUCCCCGCACGUUGGGUCCCUGCUGGUGCCGCGCCGCGUCCCUAAGACUUUGACUGGUUAGAGCAGGCGACGCCAAGAGCCAGGCCGCCACCAGCCGUCUCCAGCCCUGCCCCAGCUACAGAGCCGGAGCCCCAAGCCCCAGCGCCGCGCCGCGCCGCGAGAGAAGCAGCUGUUCCCAACAGCUGGGGGGCGGCGGCGCCCGGCGCCCCAGGUGCUGCCGCGGCCAAUCGCAGGCGUCCGGCCCGCCCCCCUCCCCAGCCGGGCGUCGACCCCCGGCCCGCGGGGGAAGGGAGCAGAGAGGUGGAGAGCAGUCCUCGCCACUCGUCUUCCAGCUUCCGCGGCGGGAGGGACAGCGCCUAGCCGGAGCCGCGCGGAGUCCCUCGCCCCCGGCCCCGCCGCCGCUGCGCCCCGCGCCCGCCUCGGCGCUCGGACGCUCUCCCCGCCGACCCUCACGCGCCCCACCCGAGGCACCUGAUUCCUAAGGAAGAAAAAGCUACCUCUAAAGCACCCCCUUCUUCGCUCGAGGACCACCCUCUCUUUUUAUUUUUGGCCUCCCCGCCGGGUGAGUGGAAAGCGCCCGCACGUUGUACAGAGCCGGAUUCUAAUCCAGACGAUCCGGAGAAUCCGUGUGAGGACCGGCAGGGGGGGCGGGAGCAGAGAGCGAAGUCAGGUCUCCAGGGCCGCUGGCGACUUCGGAAGCCGCGCGCCCCGCGCCCUCGGCCGCCCCCGGCCGCUCGCCCCCGCCGCGCCGCCGCCCUCGCCCCCGGGCUCGCCCUCGGCCCCCGGCGGCCGCGAAAGGGUGCGGGAGACGCGGAGCCGGAGGAGGAGGCGCAGCCGCUGCCCGAGCCGCAGCCGCAGCCGGAGCCCGAGCCGCGGGGCGGGCGCGAAGAUGCACACGACCCAGAAGGACACCACGUACACCAAGAUCUUCGUCGGGGGGCUGCCCUACCACACCACCGACGCCAGCCUGCGCAAGUAUUUCGAGGUCUUCGGCGAGAUCGAGGAGGCGGUGGUCAUCACCGACCGGCAGACGGGCAAGUCCCGGGGCUACGGCUUUGUCACCAUGGCUGACCGGGCUGCUGCCGAAAGAGCCUGUAAGGAUCCCAAUCCCAUCAUUGAUGGCAGGAAGGCCAAUGUGAACCUGGCAUACUUAGGAGCAAAACCAAGGAUCAUGCAACCAGGUUUUGCCUUUGGUGUUCAACAGCUUCAUCCAGCCCUUAUACAAAGACCUUUCGGGAUACCUGCCCACUAUGUCUAUCCGCAGGCUUUUGUGCAGCCUGGAGUGGUCAUUCCACAUGUCCAGCCGACAGCAGCUGCCGCCUCCACCACCCCUUACAUUGAUUACACUGGAGCUGCAUACGCACAAUACUCAGCAGCUGCCGCUGCUGCUGCCGCCGCUGCUGCCUAUGACCAGUACCCCUAUGCAGCCUCUCCAGCUGCUGCAGGAUAUGUCACCGCUGGGGGCUAUGGCUACGCAGUCCAACAGCCGAUCACCGCAGCGGCACCUGGGACAGCUGCUGCAGCGGCAGCGGCAGCUGCUGCUGCUGCAGCAUUUGGCCAGUACCAGCCUCAGCAGCUGCAAACAGACCGAAUGCAAUAGACCAGCCAUCUGAUCAAAGUUGAAUUGUUUUCUCUUUCCCUCCCAAUUUUCCAAUUUUUAGUAGCUAAUAAGAGAGUUAACAUUGACUUAACAGCUUUAAAAAAAAAAAAAAAAAAAAGCAGCGAUGCUAUCGUGAAGCAGAGUUAUUAUUUUUUUUGUACUCCGGGUAGUGUUCUAGAUGAGAAGGAGGUAAGAAUGAGGGGAAUGGGCACAAUUUUGGAAAUCAAUCCCAAAGAGCCUGAAUAAAUGAAAGGCCACUAUGAAAUGACGCCAGGAGUAACAAUGGAACUUCACUUUUGUAAUGGGAUUUUUAUUUUUGCUCUUUUUAUAGUAUCAGGGAAGCAAAACUGCCUUUUACCAGUUAGAAAAUGCUGUUUGAAUCUAGUUGAACCAGGGAAUACAGAGCGAGCAAUAUGUAGCUUGAAUUACACUUAAAAGCAGACUUUUUACAAACAAAAUGGCGAAAGCACUGAUUGUCAUUUUUAGCGGUCACUUAAGGCCUAUAGAACUUUUUUCAAGUCAGAAGGUCAUGUUCUUACUAUCUCAAAAAUGGGCAUCGAACAAUCAAUCUAGGAGUGUGGCAGUGGGUAAAAUGGUGGACAGGCACCAAAGCUAUUUUCUCAUCUGUCCUGUGGAUGAGUGGAACUGUGGAACAAGUGAUGUGGAAUUAAUGGGUGCAACAGCUGUACAGACAAUCAAUAACACACACAGUUCUGGAAAGAACACAUCACUUGUGCUUGUUUGAUGAGCUUGUCACAUUCUAAUCCCUCUCCCCAUCCUGUUUCAAUUUUGGGAAACUUGUAUCUGCUGGUGUCAGCAAUUCUGAUUCUGAAAUAGGAUCAGGCUUUUACUACAGCAACCUUCUCUUUCUGUUUAUUGUGUCGACUCGUGGCUUAUGAAUAAAGGCAGGCAAAGUUUGCAGAACUGUCUUAAGGACAUUUAUUUUUUUUCCCCUUUUUAAGUAAUUUUACACUUUUUAGUAUCUAUUUCAGAGUCAUAUUUAAAACUAUUUAUUAGUGACUACAGUACAUGAGACAGCGAGGUUACUGAGAUUACAAUUCUUCAAAGGUUAACGAUAAUGUGGUUUAUACUGUGCCUUAAUAGUAAUGCUAUUUAAGAUAUUUAUUUUUAAGUUUUACUAUGCUGCACUCUAAAGAAAGGAACUUUAGAUGUGACACUGUAAAAUUAUGUAUUCAUCUCAUGGCAUAAAUUAUUUAGUAGGUCUAGAUGUAGCGUAUUAAAUAUUAACCUACUCAAGAAGUUGACUUGGAUUUAUUUAAAUUCAUAUGUGCACUGUAUAAGAGAGUACUCUUACAUUAACACAUUUUAGUUUAUUUUAGUUUUUAGAUUUUUUUUAAACAAGAUAUAUUGCUAGUUUCAUGCUUCCUCUGAUUUUGCCCAUGUAGAUUUCAUUUAUUGGUAAUUCGUUUAACACUAGUCUUACGUAGUUUUUAAAUGCUGCUUUACAUUUUUCUUCUGAAACCGCAAUACUUGCAAUUUUUAUUCUUAAACUAAAUUGAAUACUAUUUUACACUGUAUUGGAUUUUUAUACUUGAACAAUUUCAUACAAGGGAAGACAGGUUAGCAUUUUUAUGGACUUUCUCCAUUAUCACUGGAUUUACUUUUAAGUAUUCCCAUACUAGACAGUGUUAUGUAAUGUAGACAUGACUCUCCUGUGCAAAUUAUUUAUUCAUUGUGUAUAUUGCUUUAUAACUUUCAGAUCUUCUAAUCUAUUCACUUGUAUUAAAUAUAAUUUUUAAAAACUUC